AUGAAAAAAAGAUUACCUUUUAUUAUUAUUUUAUUCUUCCUCAUUUAAUAUACUGAAUAGAAUUGCAUAAGAUCAUUCAAAUAAUAAAAAUCAAUAUUGAAGGGUAAUCACAAAAAUGUGCUAUAAUUAUAACAAGGAUCAAUGAUAUCAUCAAAAAAAAUAAAUAUGUUAUUGUUUGGGAAUAAUGGUUCUUUAUUUAAAGAUAAUCCUUAUACAAUAAUGUCAAAUGGAGUAGAUUUCAUUUAUUGUCAUAUUGGUUCAAAUAUUUCUAUUGCACUUAUGUAAAAAUAUUUAUUGAACACUUUAAAAAUUUGGCUUUAGGAAUAUGACUAUAUUUUCUAACAGUAAUUCAGGUAUUACGAUAUUAUCAUUUAUACCAUAUUAAAUAAUGAAAAAACAAAGAUUUAUGAAAGCAAAUAAGCAAAUUGCAUAAUAACAAUAGAAUUUCCAGAUUAGUUUGUUGAAGAAUUUUAAGUCUAGUUUUAAAUGUUAUCAAAAAUAAAAUAUUAUUUUUGGGUGUAUUAACGUAGGACGAAAUAUAGAUAAAUAUAAAUGUGCAAUAAUAAAAUCAAUUUGGGUUUACAUAUCAUAAAAGCUGUAACCUAUAAUAAAUAUUCAUGA